AUGGAGAGAGUUCGGGUCAAAGCCACGAUGCCUUUGAGGAAGCGCAUAAACAGGGUCGAGGCAAUUCUCCAGGAAACAAGCGGAACGCAGGACGACGACGAUGACGACGAGGAUGUGGAGGAAGUGUCUGCAGUUUCCAGAGAGCGACGAAGACGAGAGCAGAAACACAAGUUAAACUCUGAAGAGAUGUCGGAGGAGGAGAUGAUGGCUCUGGCUCUGCGCCUCAGUGAGCAGGAGGCCACAGCCACAGCACAGAGGCUCCAGGAGGAAGAGGAGGCAGUGAAGAAGGCCAUCCAGGACAGUAUGUUCAGUGAGUCCCUGAUGGAGGUUUCUCCCGUCUGUGUCUCCUCUCGUCGUAAACUGUCGUAUUCAAACGGAAAAUCUCAGCCGGAGUCCGCAGACAGAGGUCCCAGGAUCAGGAGGCUCAGAGCGGGGCAGACCAGUCCUCUGAUGGAGAUGCCCGACCUGUCCCAGACCCAGACCCAGACCCAGACCCAGGCCUCCCCCAGCAGCUCGCCUCAGAGUUGCGACUCCACUCAGAUUGAGGACUGCGAUCAUCCCUCCUCUCCUGUCUUCCCCUCCUCCUCCUCGGCUCGGGUCCUGGACCAGACCUCAGUCCACGUCCCCAAACCGGACCAGACCUCUGCCCACGUCCCCAAACCAGACCAGACCUCUGUCCACGUCCCCAAACUGGACCAAACCUCUGUCCACAUCCCCAAACUGGACCAGACCUCUGUCCACGUCCCCAAACUGGACCAGACCUCUGUCCACGUCUCCAAACUGGACCAAACCUCUGUCCACAUCCCCAAACUGGACCAGACCUCUGUCCACGUCCCCAAACUGGACCAGACCUCUGUCCACGUCUCCAAACUGGACCAGACCUCUGUCCUCGUCCCCAAACUGGACCAGACCUCGCUGGACUCCUCCUCCUCCAAACGGUUUGUCCUCCUCUCCCCGGACCUUCGCCGCAGAGCUCACCCACACAGAUCCAAGGUCUCUUACAACCUGACGUCGUGUCCCAAACCCAAACCCGAGUCCGAGUCUGAGAGACCUAAACCCGAGUCCGAGUCUGAGCGACCCAAACCCAAGUCUGAGUCUGUGAGCCCGGUCUUUGGCCGCACAGACGCCACAUCGGACUCUGAGAAGUUGGAGGCCACACCGAUGUUCUCGUCUCCAGAGAGUUCCAUGUCUUUCUGUUUGGACAAAGACUUCAUCAACAGUCCCGUGUUUUCUAGGAUGCAGCGAAGAGACUGGAACAGAGAGACCACAGAGGAGGACCGAGGACCAGAGGAGGGCCAAGGGGCAGAGGAGGACCGAGGUGGAGGGGAGGACCGAGGAGCAGAGGAGGACCAAGGAGCAGAGGAGGACCGAGGAGCAGAGGAUGACCGAGGUGGAGGGGAGGACCGAGGAGCAGAGGAGGACCAAGGAGCAGAGGAGGACCGAGGAGCAGAGGAGGACCGAGGUGGAGGGGAGGACCGAGGUGGAGGGGAGGACCGAGGAGCAGAGGAGGACCGAGGACCAGAGGAGGACCGAGGACCAGAGGAGGACCGAGGUGGAGGGGAGGACCGAGGACCAGAGGAGGACCGAGGGGGAGGGGAGGACCGAGGAGCAGAGGAGAAGCAGAGCGAGCACGAGACUUCCUGCGACAUGACCCUGCACUGGUCCGAAGAAGAGGACGACGUCGCCACGCCUGUGAUCUGCCCAAGUCCGGUGUUUCCAGAGGAGAGACCAGACCAGGACCAGGAUGUGAGAGAGGAGAGACCAGACCAGGACCAGGAUGUGAGAGAGGAGAGACCAGACCAGGACCUGGAUGUGAGAGAGGAGAGACCAGACCAGGACCAUGGAGACCGUGAGGAGCAGAAGAAGAAGAAGGAAGCACAAAAUCACUGCAGAGCCGACGGUCCGCAGACUCUGUGUGCUGCUCUGGAUGAAGCUCUAGGUUUCUCUGGAGACGCUCCGGCUCCAACCACGGUCCAUUAUUACUGGGGAGUUCCCUUCUGCCCCCGGGGCCUGGACCCAGACCGCUACACCAAGGUGAUCGUGGCCCAGAUGGAGGUCUAUGAGAAGAGUCUGAAACAGGCCCGGAGGAAUCUGCUCAACAAACUGGACUGGGGAGAACCCAUCCUGCCCCAACCAGAGACACCGCCGUCUCCAGAGUCCACUUCACCCUCAGUGAAUCCUCCUCGACGCUCACGACGAUGGAAAAGAAAAAUACUGGAGACAGAAUCUGAUGCGGAGGAGGAGGAGGUGGAGGAGGAGAAGGAGGAGAAGGAGGUGGAGGAAGAGGUGGAGCAGGAGAAGGAGGAGGAGGACUCUCAGAGGGAGAAGGAAGAGGAGAGGGACCAGACAGAGUGUGAGGAGCCUGAGAGGGACCAGACUGAGACAGACCAGAGGAGGGACCAGGAGGAGCAGGUGGAGUCGGACUGUGACGUGUGUCCAGAGACGCAGCUCAGUGAUGACAUCACGCAGGAUCUAACUCAGACUGAGGCCAGGAGUCCAGAGAUCGACCCGGUCCGACUGGACUCUCCAGAGCCGACUGAGGCAGAGAGGGCGGAGCCUGAGGCAGAGAGGGCGGAGCCUGAGGCAGAAAGGGCGGAGCCUGAGGAACCAAUGGACACCGCACCAGCAACAGCCCAGGAAGCCGAGUCCUCACCACACCUGCUCCUCAAACCUGUGGGGGUGGGGUCUCCCUGCUGUGAGUCCAGAGUGGACCCAGACCUGGACCUGGACCUGGACCCAGACCAGACCUCAGUCCCGGCGGCUCCAGUCCAGUGCCCCAUGUGUCAAAGGGUUUUCCCGCCGGAGCAGAUCGAGAUGCAUGCGGAGUUUUGUGACGGAGAAUCUCCGAGGGACAGAGUUUCCCCCAAAGCGAAGAGGAAAAGGACGAGACGUGGCGCCGCGGAGGACGCUGACCACACAGACUCUGACUCCAGACACAGAGCGGCUGUGGAGAAGUGCUACAUCUGUCACAGAGACGUCCCCAUACGAGAAUACAGCCGCCACACAGAGAGGUGCAUCCAGAGGAGAGAGCCCAGCACCACAGCCGUAAGGAUCAGAGAGAGACCUGGACCACAGCCGUAA